AGUAAGAUGAAAGAAAGCAAGAUUCACAGCUCCACUAAUAGUAGAAAUAGAAAUGGAAAUUAAAACAAAGGCCAUUGAAUUCUGGUGCAAGGUACAGAACUUUAGCAACACCUGUAUAGAAAAAUGAAGCAACAAAUUUCGUCUUUGUUGAAUAUACAUCCGUCACUCAUUGUUUGGUCAUUCUCUAACCACCACCAUCACCACCACACUAACCCCUAUGCAAUUAAACUUAACUCUGGUUUACUCACUCCCCAUUCACAUACAGCCACAUUCAUAGUCAUACACAUCACUAACUAUACCUAGCAAUUAAGCUACAUUAUCAUUAUUCAAAGAAAAAGCCAAAACAAAAUUAAAACAACCAAUGAAUCCGGUCAUAACAUUUGGUUCAUAUUCACAAGUAUAUGUAUGUAUGUAUGUACUACUAUAGUUGAGAGACUAAUAACUUAACUUACCCAUUACCCAUAACCCAUUUACAGCUAAGAACUUGUCAUGAAAAAAAUAUCAUGAUGGUAAAAGUAAAGGGAGAGGAUUGAAUACAGAUUGCACAAAUGUCAUAAAAAUGUUUCACUGUUUUCACAAAAAUCCUUGUUGUUGCUAAAAAUAGAACAAAAAACAGAAUCAUCCAUCCACUACUCAACUUUCACUUCUUCCACUCAACUAGUUACACCAUUGAUCUGUUUUAUUAACACCAAACCCAAAACCCAUUUCGUGAUUGCCGAGCGUCGUUCAUAUUAUCUGCACAAACACUCAGAACCAAAGAGAGAGAAAGAGAAAGUAGAUAGAUAGCAAUGAUGAUGGAUGAGGGAGAAGGUAAGAAGAAAGUUGUGGUUCAGAAAACCGAGGCGUGUGGUUUCAUGGCAGGUGUUGAAGAUGAGCUAGGGUUUGUCAACGUGAAAGGAGACAACAACAACGGGUCGGGUCAACGGAUCCAUCAUGAUCAUGGUUUUGUUGCUGCUGCAUUUGGAACUGUUCAUAGGAAGAAAAGGAUGGCUAGGCAAAGAAGAUCUUCAUCUUCUACCAUCACUAUUCAUCUCAAAAAUCUUCCUUCUUCUACUACUACUACUACUACUACUACUACCUCGCACGUGCCAAUCUCUCCAAUUCCACCUCUUUUUCAUUCUCUCCCUCCCGCACGUGAAAUCGAUCAUAGGAGGUUGAGAUUCCUUUUCCAAAAGGAGUUGAAGAACAGUGAUGUUAGCUCCCUUAGGAGAAUGGUGUUGCCUAAGAAAGCAGCAGAGGCUUUCCUUCCUGUCCUUGAGUCGAAGGAAGGAAUUCUUCUCAGCAUGGAUGAUUUAGAUGGUCUUCAUGUAUGGAGUUUCAAGUACAGGUUUUGGCCUAACAAUAACAGUCGGAUGUAUGUACUUGAAAACACUGGAGACUUUGUUAGCACACAUGGUCUACGCUUUGGAGACUCCAUUAUGGUUUACCAAGAUAAUCAAAAUCACAAUUAUGUAAUUCAGGCAAAGAAAGCUUGUGAUCAAGAUGAGUAUAUGGAAGAAGCUAAUGAUACAAUCAAUCAUAUCUUCGUCGAUGAUUAUGAGGUGAACAAAAGUUGCUUUGAUGUAGCUUAUCCUGCAAUGAAUGAUACAAGCAUGUCAUUUAUAUAUGACACAACCAUCUCAAAUGAUUCACCACUUGAUUUUUUGGGUGGAUCAAUGACAAACUACUCAAGAAUUGGAUCAGUUGAAACAUUUGGCUCUGUUGAGAAUCUGUCACUUGAUGACUUCUAUUGAGGUCAUUUCUACAUAUGAAGGGCACUAACAUGGUUACUAGGAAGGUGGGUUCCUCCAUUUUGGUACUAAGAAAGAUGAAAGUGUGUUUUUUUGUUCUUUUUGUGGUUGUCAUGACAAUGGGAGGAAUUGUGUAGAAUAAAAGAGUAGUCAGUGGACAUGUUUUUGUGUUCCUCUCUCUUGAACAAGGUUGGGACUGCUCUACGAUGUAUUGUUUAUAAUUUUUGGUGGAUAACAUCUACAUAAAUUAUCUUGAAUGUUCCAGUAUA